GGAGCAAUACAAGACGAUGUUCGGGAACUCUUUUAGUAAUAGUACAGGAAGUAUUGACGACAACUUUGAACUAACUAACUUAGCCGCAAUUUUACCAGUAAUUGCUUCCCCAACUCCUAAGGAUUCCGAGCCAUGUGAUGAAGAUUUUUUAAACGAAUCAGCUGAUGUAAUAGAAAAUUCAUUCGAUAUGACACCAAUGCCCUCUCCGAAUAAUGACUUUUUGAAAUAUGUAGCUUGCACUUCGACUCCAUUAUUUAGUAAUGUAUCUAAUUGCGAAGCUGAUAAUAAUUGUUCAUCCAGUAGUAGUAGAGCCAAUACACCACUGCUCAGUAACGUUUCGAGCCAGGAUUCUUCUGUGUGCUCGUCAAACGAAAGUACGCCGUCGUCAAGCAAAAUUAUUGGAAGAAAACGUCGCCGUCGCCGUGAUGAGUGGAAAGACAUAAAAAGAAAAUGUUUAAAAAAUAUGGGAAAAGCGUAUUUAAGUAGGAACGGAGUUCAAAGAGAUGGGAAGAUUUUAAAACAACCAUGUCCGGUUACUUGCCGACUUAAAUGUUUUGAAAAGUUUGAUGCACAACAACGGGAACGUAUAUUUAAUUCUUUUUGGCGAAUUGGAGAUCACUGUCGACAAUGGGAUUACAUCGUCAACCAUACAGAAGUAGGCGAUACUAAGUAUCCUUCUACUACAAAACUUGUGUCUAGGCGCAAGAAAUCGAUUAAGUAUUGCUUGCCUCUAAUUGAGUCUAAUUCUGACAUACCUAAUAAGGUGUUCGUUUGCAAAACGAUGUUUCUAAAUACACUCUCUGUAGGGGAAAGAACUGUUCAAACGGCAUUGGCGAAAUGGAGCUCAGGGGGUGGCUCUGUUUCCCCUGAUCGACGCGGUGGUACCAGAACUAUUGUCAUAGACGACGAAAUAAAACAGGAUGUUUUAAGGCAUGUCAAAACGUUCCAGCCCGUUGAAUCUCAUUAUGUACGUAAAGAUACUACUAAAAUAUACUUAGAUAGUGACCUUACAUUUACAAAAAUGUUUUCUUUGUACAAUGAGUGGUGUAUUACUGAAAAUAUAACUAAAAAAGCAACGACAGUGAGACAAUAUCGAGAUAUCAUUAAUCAAAAUUUGAAUAUAUCAUUUCACAAACCGAAAAAAGAUAUCUGUAACGAAUGCCAUAUUUACAACACAAACAAAGAUACAAUGACAGAAGAAGAAAAACAAAAACAAGAACUUCACAUGAGUAACAAGAUUAAAGCUAGAGAAAUGAAAGCAAGUGAUAAAAAAGAAGCUUUAGAAAGCGGAGGAAAAAUAGUUACAGCAUGCUUUGAUUUUCAAAAAAUCUUGAACUGUCCUCAUGGCAAUGUUGGUUUAUUUUACUAUAAAAGAAAAUUAUCGAUUUAUAAUUUCACAAUAUUUGAUUUAGCUAGUCAAGAAGGAUUUUGUUACAUGUGGCCUGAAAGUAACGGGAAACACGGGGCAUGUGAAGUCGCAAGUUGCCUAUCCAAAUUUAUUGAAACUAAGGUUAGCCAGGGUGCCAAAGAAUUCCGAUUUUGGUCCGACAACUGUGCCGGUCAAAAUCGAAACCGUAUUGUUUUUGCUUUUUAUACAUAUGCAGCAAAAAAGUAUAAAAUAACAAUAGUUCAUAGGUUUUUAGAGCGUGGGCACACACAGAAUGAAGCCGACUCAGUGCAUGCUCUUAUCGAGAGGAAUGCAAAAAAUAAGCUUAUUUACACCCCAGCACAAUGGUUUGCCUUAGUAAGAUGGUCAAAAGUCAAACCACCAAAUUACACAGUAAUUGAAAUGAGUUUUACAGAUUUUUACAAUUACAAAGUAUUACUUGACGGUAGAAAUUGGGCUAAAAAUACUAAAAACCAAAAAAUAUCUUGGACCAAAAUUAGAGAAGUUCAAGUAGUGUCAAAUGAACCUUAUAUUUUAAACUACCGUUAUAGCUUUGAAGAAGACAACGUUAUGAAUUUAUUAACUAAAAAGGGUUAUUCAUCUAGAAGGAAAAAUCAUAGUUUAUUAGAUACAGAAGUUUUGGAACAAUGUUACACAGAUCAUUUACCUAUUACAUUGGCAAAAUUUAAUGAUUUACUAAGCCUAUGUCAAGGCCGUAUAAUACCCCAAGAGUACCAUACUUUUUAUCAACAAUUGUCACACAGUGGCACUUUUGCUGAACAAAACAAUAGUGAUUCCUUUGACUAAUCUAUUAUCUAUUAUCUAUAAUAAAUUGUUAUUCCCUCAUAAAUACAUAAUUAUACUUAUAACCUACUUACCUAAAAAUUAUAUUGUGUUAUAUAAAAGAGGGUUGAAUAACUAAUUUUAAAGUGAUUUGCAUUUGAUUUUGAAGAUAUUAUUAUUUGAUUGUAUUUCUAUGUCAUUUAAUUGAUUAUUGUAUAAUUAGACAUAAACUUGUAUAUGUCUAACAUAAUAACAUUAAUCUAUCUGAGCCUUGAAGGCAAUAUGGCAGA